UACUUUUCAAUGCUGUCAUGUAACACUCUUGUCCACACGUGCUGCCUAGGUAGGCUUACAUGCCUGCGAAUUUUGGAUGAGAAUGUGAAAAGGAGACGGCCGUAAAUAUCUGACCUUUGUUAGGGCAGAGAGUGUCCAGAAGGUGUCCGACAUAACAAGUCAUUUAAGCAGUUGAGACAAGUGAAAAGCUCAAAAUUCAAAGGGAUAAAAAAAGGGGUUUGACUUGCUCCAAUUCACAUUUUAAAAAGUAUGCUGACCAUUAACAACCCUUUUUAUCUCUCUUCCACAAAUUUGUCUCUAUAGUGUUUCCAGGAUCAUCGAUCCUUCCACCCCUUGCUGCUAACCCUACAGUGACCUCGGUGACAGGACGGUGAAACAGGAGACAGGGGAAAUUGCCAUUUAAAAGGGGGCUCUGGGUAUUGACCAGCCUGCGUCAUGGCAGCCAUUGAUCUGGAGCGUGGGCUGGAGCACAGUGGCCGGGGCUGGGGGCAAGAGAGGCCAGAGCUGAUGGACAACUUUGACUCAGAGAUGCAGGAGUGGGAGGACCAGCUGCAGGACAUCCAGAGGAAAAUCGAAGAGUUGUACAAUGAAGUUCAGGCCCGCAGAGGAGCAAACGAUAUCGUUACCGACAACCAGAAAAAUGGCAGCUGAGUUGGAGUGUGGCCUGGGGCACCGCAGCAAUGGCCUCUUCGUGCCGGGCCAUCACAGCAAGAAUCACCCCAGAGCUAUAACUGUGCCACAUCACUAUAGCAAUGGCUGUAACUACAACCCCAACGGGUACAGCUACCCCGUGAGUCAUCAGAACGGCUACGGCUACUGCCACAGCAAUGGCGUCUCAGAGAUCGGAGACUUAUUGCAGGAUUACUUGGGACAGGGGAAACAAAUGAGCCGGAAGAACAAUGGAGAUCGCCAUGUGCACUUCAGUGACACAAUCAAGGUGAGUCAGGACGUCCCUGCAUACCAGGAUGAGAUUGGAAGAAGGUCUGGAAAUGACAGGCUUGGUCAAGAGCAGUUUCUGGGCAGUUUUGAGGAUAUUGAAAACAGGAAGAACCGAGUGUCUCACAUGAAGAGCUCUCCCCGCAGAGAGAGUUCCCCCAACAAGGAAAAUACGGGGGCCAAACCCCCUCUUGGACAAAGGGAUGCUCCUGCUGUACAAACACGCUCCCAGCUCCCAGUUACAACUGCUGAAUCUCCUGCUCUGGACAGGAAGUCCUUCAGUCCGGGCGUCCUGGGAGAUAGAAAGUGCAGCAGUCCCCUCCAUUCUCAGGAAGUUUGGAGCCAUGCUGCAGGAAAAUGAGGGCAAAACGCUCACCGAGUCAGGGGUGGUGACCCACCAGGGACCGGCUCCGGAGCCAAAGUGCCCCACCCCUGGCUGUCAGCGCAGAGCUCUGGGAGCCGCUGCAGUCGCCGGCAGGGCGCCCGUGCGUGUGCCUACCCAGAAAUGUCAGGCAGAUUCUUACGUGCUGACAGCAGAGAUAGAUCCCAGCCAAGAAUGGGGGUUUGUAUCAGACUCUGGUAGACAGAACCACAAGGAUCAGUGGGGAGGCUACAGCGCUUCAAAGGGGUCUCAGCCCAGUCCCCAGCAGUCCCAGAGGAGAUCACAGGUGGCGGGGAGCCCCAAGAUUAGACCCAGGACGAACAGUGGGGCAGACAGAGACGGAGGAAGGAAGCCGUCGCCCCAACAUGUGGAGCCCAAAAUGGACUACAGGGUGUCAAGUGCUGCCUCUGGAGCUCAGAGGACUCAGAGGGGUGGGUUAGCGGGCCAGGAGUUGCCAGGUUGUGGCGGAGUGAGGGAUGAAGGACUUAUUGAGCUGCUGGACAUGCUGGACAUCCAACACGAAUACAGCUCCAGUCCCAGAACAGGACACACAGCUUACAGACAAGAGCCACAGCAGGUAAACCCAUCCGAGUUGUCCCCAGUAAAACCUAAGAGGAGCUUCUCUCGUCCCGCGCGGCCAGCCAACCAGCGACCCCCGUCCAGGUGGGCCAGCCGCACCCCGACUGCCAGGAUCACUGCCCCAUCGGGCCCAAUGUACCGUCCCCCGAGCCCACUCGCUCGUCCCCCGAGCCCCCUGACCAGAACCCCAAGUCCGUCUCUGAAGCACCGGCCUCUCAUCUCCUACUCUCUUCAGACUGAGACUGUCAUUAUGUGAUACCGUUUCAAUAAAGCUUGAUCCCCUCCAUGGGGAAAUCCCUCCUGUGGUUCCCCAUCCCAACACCUUCUCUCUGUGUAAAUAGUAAAGACUGUUUUGGUAAAGUGCUUUAAGAGAGUUGCUGAGAAGUGCUUCAUUUCAUCUUGGUGCCAUGUUUCAAGAUAAAACACACCCACAACGUUCUGUUCAGUAUUGCUGUGGCUUUUUGCUUCUUCUGUGGUCAACCGUUGCCAUCAACGUCCCCUCCCUUUAUCCACUUUCCUCCCUUUUUUUGUAUUGAAUAUCAGGUGUUCUCUGUAUAAAGAGAUUUAGCAUGCAGCCCUAGUUUGAGGGUGCAUGCUCAUGUGUUUAAUUCUCACAGUUGCCAUGUUGAAUCAAAUUCAACCUGGCCACCAGUGGGAGUGGAUUAAGUUGCAACUGUGCCCCCAGCAGCAACCUGCUAACUGUCAACAACAGUGUGUUUUACUGUAUCAUAUUGUCAAAGUAAUAUAUUUAAGAUGUUCAGAUAACAGCUGUGACAAAUGACUAUGAUAUGCCUUCAAUGUAUUUUUUUUCCCUUGGUAAUAAAUAUAACAGUGCUUUGACAUAAA